AUGAAGCGCAAGGCGGUGGCGGCCGGCAGAACUAGCUCCGAGAUAACGACGGGCGUAGAGCUGACGGCGCCGUACGAUGCGGCUCAUGCGAAAAGGUCGAGCCGAUCUUCUAAGAAGAUGUCCUCUAAUGGAGCCAAAGCGGCCACCGCAAAGCGCAAGUCCGGCAGGGCCACCAAGAAGAACCCCUGGAGCGAUGAAGACUUCGUGACCACAAGCGAUAAAUCGCCGCUUAUUGACAUUGAUCUGGCUAAACUCCUUGCUAAACCGGAGGCAUGGACAUGCCUGGACGAGGCAGAAAAGAAGGAGAUUCUUGCUCUUCUACCAGAAAGUGUACAUCCUGUACACGAACCGUCUGCUGAGAAUCCGGAUGGGAUCAUUCCACCCUUAUCGGAGGAGUUUCUUCGGUACUCAAACGUUUGGCGUGACGCAACACGUCAAUUCCAAGUUGACCUACAGAACGGAAAAUUCGACCCCCAGUGGUUAAGCCAGGCGCAGAAAGCAAGAGAGGAACGAGAAGCAGGCAAAUUUGAUGCCCGAAAGGAACGUGACUUUGAGGCAUUCUGGGGACAGAAGCAGAGGUAUCACACCGAUGCUCCGGCCGGCGAUAGCGCAACGGUCAGCUUCCAAACCUUGGUUGCCGAUGGCGUGUUUGAGGUUGGGGAUGUUUGGAAAUACUCUCGAGCUUCCGGCAAGGGAGCUAAAAAGAUCUUGGUUGAGAAGGAAGUUGCAGUUGUCAGCGUGGAUGGAAAGACCCUUACAUUUGCCAUCCCUCCUGGUCGACGUGUGAUGUUGUCUUCUACCACCAGGGAUCAGCCAGAGACGCAUGCCAAACUAGAAGCCAAGCAGGAAGCUGGGCCGAAGGUUGAACCUGAACAUAAAGCUGAACACAAAGCUGAUCCCGAAGAGAGCGCAUCUAAGGAGAAAACAAAAUCUGUUUCCCCUAAACCUCGAAUUCAUGAUGAAGAAAAGCGCAGUGUUGCCCAAGAAUAUAUCGAAGCUAACAAUCAAGCUGGGUUUACCUCGGAGUUCAUAGCUGAGUUGAAUCAAAUAGCGGCAAGUGAGGAUCAGAGGAAUACCAAAACGAUUGCCGGGAACUCUCUACCCAUUUUGGCCGACAUAAAAAGUGCCGCAACGACUCACUCACCAAUGGACAUUGAAGCACCGGAGACAACUCUGCCUGAACUUGAGCCUGACGCAACGAACGAGCCCGAUGCUGUUUAUAUAGAUAUCGAGCCUACUACUGAAACCGCCAUACCCAAUUCAGCAGACACAAAAAGUGCGCCCACUACUCAAUCGCUGAUGGACAUCGAUGUACCAGGGACAACUCCGCCCGUCGUUGAGCCCGACUCUAGUGAGAAGCCUAAUAACGUCAACGGUCAGGAGCUGGCUGGAAAUCUAAUCAGUGAGGAUUCCGAAGACGACAGUUGCAGCAGUUUGUCUGACCCACCAAAUGUCAUAGAAGAGAUAGACGAUGAGGAUUUCCACAACUCCCUACAAGAAUUGGGAUAUGCGCCCCCAAAGGGCGUACCUAGUUAUACAAGGCCUUGCGUUCCCAACGCUCAACCAGUUAUACAGCCCACGGAACCCGACAUGGUUGUUGUAGAGGAUCAAAAAGUCAGCGCUCCCUGUAUUACAAUCGCUGCGCAACCUGCCGAUCCCAGCUCAGAGGUACCAAAUGACACGAUUACCCUCCCUCCUGGUGGUGAUGGUCGAUCACCUGCGGAACUCGAACCACCAGCCGCAGAGGUACCGGAUGAUACGAACCAUUGUCCUCCCACAGAACCUACACCGCCAGUCACAGAGGUACAAUACCGUAACAACACUUGCCCCUCCAACACUCAAACAGCUCUACACCCCGAAACACCUCAUCUGGUCAUGGGAGGCGAUGUGAACGACUGCGCUUCCAAUCCCCCAAUGGAUUUGCAAGUUCCGGAGCCUGGUUCAAUGGAAUCGGACAAACCGAACACUUGCUCCUUGAAUACUUGCGAUGAUCAACCCGAGGAGCCAUCGAAAGCACUACCAUCGAGGGCAGUUGAUGAGACAAAUACCACCUCCUCUGCUCCUCAAACUAGUGUAUCUGCAGGAUCCAGCAGUGACAACCAAGUGAUAUUUCCUGAUGUUGCAGGACCUAUGGCUCUAUCCCGGAAAAUCCAUGAGCUCGAUGGGCGAGAAGUAUCUAGUCGGAUUGCAAAUGCAUGGAUGCUUUUCCGCUGUAUUCGAAACAAUCAGGAUAUGGGAACUCUCUGGGAAGUCCGCCACAGUUGGUACGUGCGAUCUAAACGUGGAUGA